CCUCUGUCAAGUAAUACGAAGGAUUCGGGCCAUGUCCAACAAACGAGCGAGGUAGAUUCCUAUCUACCAUCUUUUCUUUUGCCUUACGUGCAUCGUUACUUGUCCUAACAUCAUACUUGAUUAAAGCCCCCAUCAACUUCAUGCCCUCCAUCGAGUACCGGAGAGGAAUUGAGAAGCACCGGAAAGGAUUCAAGUAAUGCAGAGACUGCAAGUAAUGUUGGAGAUACUUCAUUAGAUGUAGAGACAGAGGCCGAGGAGAUAAAUGAAGAAAACUCUGAUAAAGACCGAGUUGAGGAGGAGCCAAAACCUAGUAUGGAGUUUGCCAUUGAUAAUGAGCUAAUGGCCUAUUAUAAGCGAUAUGCGAAGUAAAAAGGUUUUGGUGUGAUAACACAAAGGACGAAUAGAGAGGCAGAUGGAAGGGUAAAGUAUUUGCCAAUUGGGUGUGCGCAUGGUGGAAAGUACCAACCGAGGGAUAGUAAUAUGUCAAGGCCGCGACCAACUAUUAAAACAGAUUGUAAGGCAAAAAUCAAUGCUCACUUGGUGAAUGGUACUUGGGUGGUGACCACUGUAGAGAAUGCUCAUAAUCAUAGUACGAUCAGCCCACAAAAGUCUAGAUUUUUUAGGUUGCACAAGUAUUUAGAAGAAUACAGUCAGAGGAUGCUUGACUUGAACGACAGAGCAGGCAUUCGAAUGAAUAAGAAUUUUGGGGCUCCUGUUGUUGAUGCUGGUGGGUUAGAGAAUCUUGAUUUCCAAGAAAAAGACUGUCAAAAUUUUAUUGACAAAGCCAGACAAUUAAGAUUGGGUAAAGGGGGUGGCAAAGCACUUACUGAGUACUUCAAGAGGAUGAGGUUGCAGAAUAAUGGUUUUGUCUAUCUGAUUGAUGUGGAUGAGGAGUUGAGACUGAGAAAUGUGUUCUGGGCUGACGCACGUAGUAGAGCAGCGUAUGAGUAUUUCGGAGAUGUUAUCACCUUCGAUACGACAUACCUAACAAAUAGGUAUGGUAUGCCGUUUGCUCCUUUUGUUGGUGUAAAUUAUCAUGGGCAGUCUAUAUUGUUAGGGGCUGGGUUGAUUUCAAGCGAGGAUACGAGUACUUUUGUGUGGUUGUUUCGAGCAUGGUUGGAGUGCAUGGAUGGUCGGGCUCCAAAAGCGAUUAUAACAGAUCAAGAUUGAGCAAUGAAGGCUGCUAUUGCAUUGGUAUUCCCAGACACUCGCUAUAGAUAUUGUCUAUGGCAUAUAAUGCGAAAACUACCAGAGAAAUUG